AUGGAAGGCGAAAAAGGGGCAAGGUCGCCAAUGGAUCCAAACUACCUGAAAUGUGAAGAAAACAGUGAAGUUAUGGAGGAUGCCACCCAAUACCGGAGUCUUUUAGGAGGCCUGUUGUAUCUAGCAGUAGCAGCUCGUCUGAAUAUUGCCAAUGCAGCGGCUAUUCUUGGCCGGAAGUUUUGUGGUCCGACACAAAAAGAUUGGACGGCCGCAAAACGAACCCUGCACUAUUUGAAGCAGACAAGUGAUUAUUAUCUCAUUGUUGGUGGCGAUCCAGAUCAACAUCUGAGCGGAUACAGCGACGCUGACUGGGCCGGUGACUCGGCGGAUCGGAAAUCGACAUCGGGUAUGGUGUUCUUCUUCGACGGUUCAGCGAUUUCAUGGGCACGCCGCAAGCGUUACGCUAUCGUCCAUGGAGGCCAAGUAUAUGGCCCUCAGCGAGUCUGGCUGCGGAGGCUGCUUAGCGAUCUCAGCCAACCUCAAGCACAACCGACGAUGAUUCGCGAAGACAAUCAAGGCUGCUUGUCCUUUGUGAAAUGCGAAAGAAAAUGA